GUGAGCAAGAGAAUGGGCACACAAUGGUGUUUUUUUUUUACAAGUUGUACGAGACGAAAAUGAAGAUUUUAAGAACUGGCAUUCUGCUUGUAGGUAAGCGGAGCUGGCCCGUAGGCUAUUGUGCUAUCAGUUUUUUGUACACUUCCGGGGUCUGAAAAUUCUUGCGGUCGAAGUGAAUAUAAAUCAGCUGCCGGAGAGUGUUGUCCAAUGUGUGGCACUGGAUCAAUAGUUCGCAGUGACUGCAGUGGAGAUUCAAGCACCACAUGUAAACCCUGUCCUUCAGGAACAUUCAUGAAUGAACCUAAUGGUCUUCAUAACUGUUUCCCUUGCAAAAACUGUGCUGAAGAUCAAGGUCUUUAUAUGCAGAGUAAAUGCACGACAAUGCACGACAGCAUCUGUGAUGUGCUUGAUGAUCAUUACUGCAUUGACCUCUCAAAUCAACAGUGCAGUCAUGCUGUAAAACACAGUGUUUGCAAAGCAGGACAAGAAACAAAAACAAAAGGAACAAAGACCACAGAUACAGUUUGUGUGGACUGCGCUCCUGGGUUUUAUUCUUCAUCAGGUAUACCCUGUAUCAAAUGGACAAAUUGUACAGCUAUAAAUGAAAUACAGACAGGACAUGGAAGCUCUGUAAAAGAUGUCACAUGCACACCGAAAUCCCGGGAAAGAUAUGGUCUUAUAUCUGGUUUCAUACUAGCAGUGGUUGUAACGAUACUCUACUUAAUUUCUCCUUUCUGGUUUCCACCAAAAAACCUAAAGCGUCAGAAGAGUCUAACAAGGGCUGUUCAGGAAACUGGUCAUUCUAAUACAUGACUAUAUCUAAUUGCACGCCGCUUUUAUCUCUCCAUCAUCCACUUUUCCGUGUGCUGUGAGCUUGACGUGGUGGAGAAGCUCAAGUACCUCCAGAAACUUCCAGCUGAGAUGGUUUCUUUCACGAGUGUAUUGAACAACGCCACGGUAAACUCACCUAGGAGGCCAAACCAACAACACAAGGUCACAAUGCAAUGUAAGCAUAUUAAAGGUGCAGUAGGUGAUUGUCUUCAGAAACAUGUGCUGGUUAAAAGUCUCCUCACAUUCCAAUAGUAAUAAUUCAAGUAAAUGAUCUAUAUGUAUUUUUAUAUUCUGAGUAUUAAGGCUAAACAAUGUUCAUCCAGGAAGUCAGGAGAGGGUAGUAACAGAAGAGGGUCCGAGAGGGGUAGCAGCUUCCUCUUUGUUCCUGAAUCCUGCGCGCCCUCUUCUGGUCACGUCGUGCUCUUCUCUUGCUCUUGACUGUUUCAGAUAAAGUUGAAGUCUGAAAUAUUGGAAUGUCAGAAUACAGGAGAGGUUUGCUUUGGCAUUUUCGAUGUCUCGCGUUAAUAAUGGCACCAUUCGUUCCAUGGGCACCAUUCACUACAACGUGCACACGAGAGAGAUGAGAGUGGUGAAAACAAACAUGCUGACUCAAACCUUUUUAAAAUCCUGAAUCAAUAUUGGAGUUACUUUUGCACGCUGGAGGAAGGAUGACACCACGGCUGAUGUGACUAUUUUCAGUUUCAUAAGGUGCCUUUCACAGCAUUGAUAAUGUAGAUUUUUAUUUAGUUUAACAACAAAAGUUCAGUAAAUAGCACUUUUCCGUCAAGCCUGCUUUUACUGAGCUGAAGUUGCUUUUAUAUUCACAUCACAUUGGUUCAUUUGUGAUGCACUCCCUAUAUUGUUUACCAUGCUACUCUGUAAAUUCAGUUUGAAAUAGUAUGUAAGUAUGACUUGGUAAUAAGUGUAAUUCCUGCAACCCGCUGGCCAACCACAUAUCAUCUGAUAUAAUACAGUUUUUGUAUUCAGACUUGUAGUAUUAUAAUGUACUAUAAAGUUUUCUAACUGGUGAAUGAUAUGAUCUAUUGGGUUGUCUAGUGUUGUCUUUGUGUGUGCAGGGGUGGAACCGUGUUUCAAAAAUAUUAUGCUACCCAUUUAGCAUUGUGACAGAUCACCUAUUGUAUCUUAAAUUUUAGCUUACAAAUCUGGUUUAGCAUUUAUUAGAGCUUUGCGUUAUGUUGUGUUCACAGUGGUAAUGUCUUAAUAAUCAAAUCAAAUCACUUUUAUUGUCACAUCAUCAGCAGCACCUGUGCUGUGAGGAGUGAAAAGAUUUGCUUUUUAACAUCACAAGUUUUACAUGUCUACUUCACUGCAUCGGUGUUUAAUAUAGAUUUAAUUCUGUCUAUACUUUAUUUUAAACUUGUAUAUACAGUUGGUCAGAAUUAUGAGGUUUCCUGUAUAUGUUUUUUUUUUUCCAAUUUCUGUUUGGGUAAGAGGUUUUUUCUUCUCAAGACAUUUCUAAAAACUGAUUUCUUUUAUCUUUGCCAUGAUGACAGUACAUUAGAUUUUACCAGAUUUAUUCAAGAUACUAGUAGUCAGUUUAAAGUGGCAUUGAAAGGCUUAACUAGGUUAAUUAGGCAAGUUAGGGUAAUUACGCAAGUCAUUGUAUAACAGUGUUUUGUUGUUCUGUAGACAGUUGAAAAGAAAACUAUAUUAUUAUUAUUAUAAAAA